AUGAGGAAAGCAAAUGAGUCAGUAACUUCAGACUUCAUUCUUGUGGGACUCUUCAGCCACUCAGCGCCACACCUGCUCCUCUUCUCCCUUGUGGUCGCCAUGUUCACCAUGGGUCUAGUGGGUAACACCAUCCUGAUCUUCCUGAUCCGCACGGACUCCCGGCUCCACACACCCAUGUACUUCCUGCUCAGUCAACUCUCUCUGUUGGACGUUGGUUUUCCUCUAGUUACCAUCCCCAAGAUGGCAGCCAACUUCAUGCAGGAGCAGGGAUCCAUCUCCUUUGGAGGCUGUGCAGCUCAAAUGUUCUUCCUAAUGCUGAUGGGCGUCUCUGAGGGUGUUCUGCUGUCCCUCAUGUCCUACGACCGCUAUGUUGCCGUGUGCCAUCCCCUGCAUUAUCCCGUGCUCAUGAGACACCAGGUGUGCUUGCUCAUGGUGGGCGCCUCCUGGCUGUCAGGUGUUCUUGUUGCUACCAUCCAGACCUCCAUCACCAUGCACUUCCCCUUCUGUGCUUCUCACACCGUAGACCACUUCUUCUGCGAGCUACCUGCCCUGCUGAAGCUCGCCUGUGAGGACACCUCUAUCUAUGAGCUGACGCUGUCCAUCUCAGGGGUACUGAUCUUGCUGCUGCCCAUGUCACUCAUUGCCACCUCCUAUGGCCACGUCUUAAGGGCUGUUCUCCGCAUGCAUUCAGCAGAGGCCAGACACAAGGCCUUCACCACCUGCUCAUCACACAUCACGGUGGUAGGGCUCUUUUAUGGGGCAGCUGUGUUCAUGUACAUGGUGCCAGGUACCUAUCACAGCCCACAGCAGGACAACGUGGUCUCCCUUUUUUAUAGUCUUGUCACCCCCACUCUCAAUCCCCUCAUCUACAGCUUGAGGAACCGAGAAGUGAGAUUGGCUUUGGCCAAAGUCCUUGGCCGACCCGUCUUUAAACCAAAGAGCUAA